UGCUAAUUCCUCUAGGGGGCAGAAAUCCCAAAUUCUUUGCCCGGGGCAGACACAUUUUGACAUGCAUGAUGCAACGACACAUCUUCAUUUCACAGGUGAAGAGGCUCGGCACAAUAUACCGUCCAGAACACAGAGCGACUCUGGCGAACUUCAUGGGAAAAUCUGUGCUGCCAUUACAUAAUGUGUGGUUCUGUGCAGAGAACUCAGUCGAUCAUAGGAUUUAUAUAUUCUUUAACGUCGAGUUGCUGUGUUAGUGUUAAAGUGAACAGUAUUCAGUAGGGAAUGCAAUCAUAUAAGUUCGUUGCAAAUAAAGCGUUUUAUAUUUGGAAUCAUAAAUACUGUGCGGGAUUUGAAUUUCCCGGUUGGCUGUAUGACAAAUAGAAGAGACUUCCUUUGACAUCAACAUUAAAUACUUGCGCCUGCGCUUUAUUCUCGAGCAUAUUUCAGAUCAAGAAAGGUUGGAGAUAGGUCUUUGUUUAGACGUUAGAAAAAACAAGUAUUUUGUAUGAACACCAACGUAAAAAAAAAAAAGAUAAACAGCCACAGAAACAAGAAGAGGCUCCACAGAAUGCGAAUGAGACUACAAUUUGUUUCAUUUUUAAACGAGUGGUUGAGAAAAACAAAUUAAGGUUGCGGGGUAUCCGAGACUUCCUUUGUAUACAAACAUUGCAAAACUAGGUCUAGAGACCUUAAGGUGGAAUCGCGGAGUUAUCUCGGAAUUCUGCGUUGCAUCAGGAUGAUGGUCGUGAUCAUGGAGAGAUCAAAUUAAAAAAAAAAGGGGACUCUCUCUCCUUUUUCAUCUUUAGUGCGAACAUGAUUGGAAGAGGUUUUCUUUUUAGAGAAAGGCAGCCCAUGGAAUUGGGAGGAAUAGGGCAACUGUGUAGCUGCCGAGGGUUUAACAACAGAGCAGCCCGGGGUUACUUAGAGGAGAUCCCUAGAUCCUGAUUUAAAAUCCCCCCUUUAAUUGAUUAUACAAAAAGUUACAUAGAAUCUAGGGAAAUGGAGACGGUGGGGAAAUUCGAGUUCAGCAGGAAAGAUUUAAUCGGACACGGUGCAUUCGCUGUGGUCUUCAAGGGAAGACACAAAGAGAAGCCAGACUGGGAAGUAGCUGUCAAAUGCAUAAACAAGAAAAACUUGGCAAAAUCCCAGACUCUGUUAGGCAAGGAGAUAAAGAUUUUAAAGGAGCUGAAACAUGAAAAUAUUGUUGCAUUAUAUGAUUUCCAGGAAAUGGCUAGCUGUGUCUAUCUGGUGAUGGAGUACUGCAAUGGGGGAGACCUUGCUGACUACCUGCACUCUAAGGGGACCCUGAGCGAGGACACUAUCCGUCUGUUCCUGCAUCAGAUCGCAGGUGCCAUGAAGGUGUUACAGAGCAAAGGGAUCAUCCACCGGGACCUGAAACCACAGAACAUCCUGCUGUCCCAUUCCGGGGGGCGCAAAUCCAGCCCUGGGAACACCUGCAUCAAGAUCGCCGACUUUGGGUUUGCCAGGUACCUGCAGACCAAUAUGAUGGCAGCUACGUUGUGCGGUUCUCCUAUGUACAUGGCUCCUGAAGUGAUAAUGUCCCAGAGCUAUGAUGCAAAGGCUGAUCUGUGGAGCAUAGGAACCAUAGUGUUCCAGUGUCUGACUGGGAAGGCCCCCUUUCAGGCUAGCAGCCCUCAGGAUCUCCGGCUGUUCUAUGAGAAAAACAAGAACCUGACUCCCAACAUCCCACGGGAGACCUCCACCCACUUGCGCCACCUACUGUCGGGGCUGUUGAAGCGCAAUCACAAAGAUCGCAUGGACUUUGAUGAGUUUUUCCGACAUCCGUUCCUGGAAGUGAGCUCAUCCAUGAAGAAAUCUGCCCCAGUGCCAAUGCCUUCAUACCCAAGCUCAGGGUCUGCCAGCUCCUGCAGCAGCUCAUCCACCUCUCACCUCGCCUCUCCUCCUCAGUCUGUGGCAGAGAUGCAGCAGCUGCGAGCCAAGACUCUGGCUUCUCCUACCCAGGAUUCCCCGGGUUUCCUGCACGGGCUAAAAGACUCGGCGGGCAGCAGCAAGGACUCUUCCUGCGACAUGGAGGACUUCGUCAUGGUGCCCGUGCAGUUCUCCAGUGACAUCGCCAGCGAGGCCACAGGAGAAAAACCAGUGCUGGACAGCCUCAUGUGCAGUGGGAGCUCUCUGCUGAUCUCUGCUGGACUGGGGAGUCAGGGCAAGACACCGUCCCCGUCUCCUUCCUUCAGCAACUCUCCAAGUCCCUCAGGGAGGCCGAUUGAGUUUUCAGCCAGUAACUAUGGACAGUCGGUACCGAUCCCGGUUCCGACCCAGAUUCACAACUACCAGCGCAUGGAGCAGAACCUGCAUUGCCCCAGCCAGCACGUCUCCCCCAGAUCAGGACCACCAGUGAGAAAGUCCAGCAGUGCUAGCCCCUUGGGAUUUGGGAGGAGUGGGACCUCGCCACCCUUCCCAGGAGACCACGGAACAGCCUUCAGCUCCCGCAGACUCUCAGCUGGGGGCUCCAAACCCUAUCAGCCGUCCCCACAAGUUGGCACCAUCCCAGAGGUACCUGGCCAGACCUUUCCCCUGGGAUCAGAGACUCGGAGUAGGCUACAGGGUGGAGGCCUGACUGUACCUGAGCACCUGCCUCGGCACGGCAUGGGCUCCCGGCUCCACAGCGCCCCCAACCUGUCAGAGGGUGGCGCAAACUUCUGCAGGCAGAAGAUAAAGAAGCAGCACUCGGACCCUGUGGUGCACCGGCAGUGCAGCCAGCCCCAGCAGGUCCCCUCCCUGCAGCCUGGCCGCCAGCUGCGCUCCUCUCCCAAACUCUCUGAACUUGUGCAUAGGAGCCCCCUGCCAACCAUCCUGGGCUCCCCCACCAAGGCCAUGCCUCCGUUUGAGUUCCCCAAACCCCCAAGCUCCCAGAACCUGGUCACCUUACUGGCCCAGCAGGGCCUGGUCCUCACCCCGACACGCAACAGAACCAUCCCGGAUCUGAAGGAGUUGGGCCAGCCUUUCUGCCAGCAGACCGGCCCUAGCAUGAGGCCCGUGGAGGAGAACAAAGGAGCCUUUGGCAGGUCUCUCUCUGCCGGGAGGCUGUCUGAAAUGCUGUUGAAAGCAGCCUUCGGAGGGCAGGUGCUGGAUAGUGGUAGCCGUGAGAGUCUGAACACAGAGAGGCCAAUGGAUACAGCGCCCCCCAGUGGGGAUGGUGCAGAACUGCACUCUGGUGUGAUGGUGGUGGGGUCUGGCUGCCCGGCUCCUGUGGUGUUCACUGUGGGGUCCCCUCCCAGCGGCAGCACCCCUCCACAGACAAACAGGACCAGGAUGUUCUCAGUUGGCUCCUCUAGCUCUUUGAGUUCAGGAGGGUCCUUCAGUGGCAGACAGUUCUUGACAGGCACAUGCGCAGACGGCUGCGAGGGUCCUUCCAGUCUCCGAUAUGGCUUCAGUGACCCUGUGGCGGCCAGUCUUGAGGGUGGAGUGACCUUUGAAGCCCCUGAGCUUCCUGAGGAGACCCUAAUGGAGCAGGAGCACACAGAGACUCUGCGGAGCCUGCGCUUCACACUGGCCUUCGUUCACUGCGUGAUGGAGAUCGCUGCCACCAAGGGCAUGGUCACGGAAGGGGGCAGCUCGGUGACAUCAUCCUUCCAGCUUCAGGAGAGCAUGGUGGCCGACCAGAUCAGCCUUCUGAGCAGGGAGUGGAGUUACGCAGAGCAGCUGGUGCUGUAUAUGAAGACCACAGAGCUUCUCUCUGCCUCUCUGCACACAGCCAUGGAAAGCAUCAAACAAGGAAAGCUCUGUCCCUCUACCACCGUCAAGCAAGUGAUAAAGAAGCUGAACGAGCUGUACAAGUCGAGCGUGUCGUCCUGCCGCUCCCUCAACGCCCGCCUGCAGAGGUUCUUCUACGACAAGCAGAAGCUGAUGGACCGGAUCAACAGCAUCACCGCAGACAAGCUCAUCUACAACCACACCGUCCACAUGAUUCAGUCCGCUGCUCUGGAUGAGAUGUUCCACCAUGGUGAGGCGUCGGUACAGAGAUACCACAAGGCUCUGCUGCUGAUGGAAGGGCUGUCUCUCAUCAUCAAUGAGCAGGCCGAUGUGGAAAACAUCAGCAAAUGCAAGCUGUGUAUUGAAAGAAGACUUUCUGCACUGCAGUCAGGACUCUCUGCUUGAUGACUUCCUGCACCACUGACCGGAACAUUUUCUACCACCUUAGGCCCCAGCUAUGUGCCUGCCACAGGACACAAGGCAAUCGCUCUCGCUCUUGCUCUCCUGCAACUACUUCUCGCUGUCCUGCAACUAGUUCUCGCUGUCUUUCUCUUCAGUCUUGCUUCUUCUCCAAGCCGGUUUGAUGUAAAUGAAAUCCUUUUCCUGCGUGUUGGAGACGGAAGCACUUGUUCUUUCUUAAAGGGCACAGUCUCCUUGGCGAUUUGCCUGAUUGAGCAGCUUGUAAGUUGGGCUUCGUCAAAGGAAGAAAGUGGUGCUGAUUUGCAGCCCUGUGUAUGAAGGCCCCACAGGUGAUGUUCUGUUUCCAUGUCGACAGCGCUGACCAUUACCAAUAAAUAUAUAAUAUAAAGAUUUAGCGUAGAAUGUAACUGGUAAAGCAUCAGACAUGAAAACAGACCUAAGUUGGGGUACUUCUAACAGAAUUUUAAGAAGAUACUCAAGAAAGCUACUCUCCUCCGCUUUAUCUCCUGGCUCUGACUCUCAGUGGAACUGUAGUGAAUAUCACACGAACAUCCUCACUCAAAGCGCAGAGCUGCUGCCGGAGUUGGGCGCAUUUAAUACGUUUGAAACUAAAGACAAGUUACCAGAUGAGAGACCUAUUUGUACACUUACGUUCUGUCUGGCUCUCUUCACUUGUAUCUUUUUUUUUGUUUUUUUUUUGUGGUAGUUCUAUAUCAAACGCUGCCCUAAGGCACUUCUAACACUUUUUUUUUCUCUCUACUACUGUGUUGGGAGGACAGCUUGUUUGAGUUUCUGACUUGAAAGAAACGGUUAUGUCGAAAGCCACUGUUGGGACUGUUUCCUGUUGGAAGGGCGGAAGGCUUUUGUUUGCUUCUCUUAGUGUGUGUGUGUUGUUUUUUUUUUUUUUUUUAAAUAUAUAUAUAUAUAUAAAGAAACCAGUCACCUUCAAAUAAUCUGGUUUCUUCUGUUUGUGGGGAAGAGUAUAUUUAGAGGAAAUUAAAUAAAGAAAUGAGGAAUAAUUCCAAAAUUUGUAACCCCUUAAAAUUUUGGGGGGGGGGGUUGGUUUAAAAAAUAAAUUUAAAUGUAAAAAAAAAAAAGGGUGAAGCCAAGACUUGAUAACAAAAUCUACUCACUUUAUGGGGUGACGUAGUUAACAAAUAGCGCUAAUAUUCAACAAGACUGUAAGAGCAAAUGAUUCAUGUUCCAGUGUAAAGCCGUCAUUCUGCUCAAAAUGGUGUCAACUCAACAUAGACAUGAGAACUACAGUGAUGGAUUCCAGCAGUGCUGUAAGAUCCCAUCUUUAUGGAGGACACGUUGGCAGAGAAUGUAGGGAUCCUCUCCUUGUUCACAAACAGACCAGCAUGCAUGCAUAGUAAUCAUGUAAGACCAGUGCUUAAAAUCAAAUGAAGGUAUGCCAGUGUAUCAAGACCAAUGCGUUACAGUAUCCCAGUGCCUGUGCUGGUGCUGGGUAUCAGUCUGAAGUGGACCAUUUCAAACACCAAGUAGAAGCUAACAUUGCAAAAUCACGUUCAAUCAAGGAAUAAGAGUUUUAUUUGAAGCUUGUGUUUUGCUUUCAGUCUGGUUUGGCCCAUCAGGAUAUAGAGAAUCCCCUAUCGUUCGUUUUUAUUUUAAAUUGUAUUUAGUUAUUUUUAAGAUGACUUUUAUUCCUACUAUCUACUCUGUUAUCAAUUCCUAAAGUGCUGUAAAGUGACUUAAGGAAAUGCAGAAGGAAUUGUAGCCGUUCGAUCCCACACAAACUGAAACACACUAAACUAGUCUGUUAAGAGGAGCACCUUAAAUACUUGUAUGUGAUGCCAGUUUAAACGCAUCAUAGUACAACUAAAUCUACAGAAUUUGCCACCCAUUUUUUUCUGUACCCCCGUUGUACCCCCAAUACACUGUAGCCAUGUGCCCAGUGGCUACAGCCAAAGGAAGUCCCCUUAAGGGUUCAAAAGCUGAAGAACACCCUUCAGUAGGCUUCCUUUCUUUUUUUCUUUUUUUUAAUUUAGUAGUCGCUAAUGGCACACGCUGUCCUCCGAAGUGCGUCCCGUUAGCCGCCUGCUUUUUUACACGCUGCAAACUCACCGUGCAGCCACCCAGAGCUACAGUGUUGGGAGGACAACGCAGCCCUGGGCAGCUUACAGGCAAGGCCGCAGGUGCCCUGCCAGACCACAGGGGUCGCUGGUGCGUGGUGAGCUGAGGACACCCUGGCCAACCUAACCCUCCCUCCCCCAGGGCGGCGCUCAGCCAAUUGUUCGCCGCCCCCUGGGAGCUCCCAUCCUCGGUCGGCAAAGGAAUAACCUGGACUCGAACCGACGACAUCCAGGCUAUAGGGCGCAUCCUGCACUCCACACGAAGCACCUUUACUGGAUGCGCCACUCGGGAGCCCCCAAUAGGCAUCCUUUCUGACUGCUGCUUUGUAGACAGUUUCACAGUCCAAAGGUGGUGUUAAAUGAUUACAGCAAACCAAUCCUGUUACUGCUAAAGGACCACUAAAGUGCACUAGAAAGUAGCGCAGGUUUAAAGUGAAUCUAUUACAGUGGCACCCAACACUGGUUAUAGCUAACUUUGAAGUCUGCAAAUGUUUAAGAGCUAAAAACAAUUAAAAUUGAUGUUCCACCCUGCUUUACUGUUUCAUAUUGCCUACGGAAUUGACACACAAGAGUAUUUUAAUGCCAGCACAUUAAUGCUAGUUCUGUAUAUGUUUCAAAGUUAAGAAAACGCAUUGGAAAGAAGUUUAGAAUGAAACUGAGCAGGUGUUAGUUUUAAAAUCGUAUCAAAAUACAGGCUGCCAGUGGGCCAUGUGCUACAGUAUUGGGAGACUUUAUAAGCUAUUAAUGAAAGAAAAUAUUUCUGAUUUUUUUUUUUUUACCUAUUUUUUUUUUUCUUUUUUACUUUUUUCAACUGCUUGUCCCUCCCGCCUUACUGCAAAAAAAAAAGCUGGUUCUGUUGUCUGCAGAUGAGGUCAAUCAUUAGGGGGUUUUCUCCCUCUCCCCCUCCUCCCCUCAGAUGUCUGUGGAAAGUGAUUCUCCUGCUAUGCACGACCUGAGACCUACUGCACAGCCCAAAUUCAAUUCCCAAACUGGUGCUCGGCAGCAGUCUCAGUUUCUGCAUGCGAUGGUUUAUAAACAGGCUCCAGAUACAGACGUCUUGAGUCACUAACCAUGCUCUGUCCCUCCUGUUUUGUUGCACUACUAGUAAAUAAAUUGGUACUGUUCGUUGACGUAUUAAUGUUACCAGCAGACACAGAAAAGCUGCCCUGUUUGUUUUGAGCUGAACUUGGAACACAUUUUGUGUUCUAUUUUUUCCAAGUUUUGUAUUUGUUUGUGGGUGUGGCAACGUGCGUGCAUGGUGGUUUUUUGUUUGUUUGUUUUUUUAUUAAUUGCUUUUUUUUGUCAGUGUAAACUAAACUUAUAUAUACGUGAGUGUUUUUACAGGUUUGUUUGUAGUCGCAUGUAUUUUGUAUUUGCGAGAGUGAUUUUUAGGUUUUGAGUGUAUGCUUAGAUUUGCAUGUGUGUUGGAGGAAACGGCAGCAGAUUUUAAUUAAUUAUACAUUUGUGGAAAGAGUGUGUUGGCUGGGCAAAAAUAUUCUUAGAAAAAAUAAAUAGUGAGUUAAUAUACAUUUUUCCUAGAUCACAGUUUAAAUUAAAUGAAAAGAGGCCAUGCAUGUAUUUUCCUCAAUAGGUGUAUUUAUCAGUUUUAUAUGUUACUGAAGUACAUUGGCUACAUCAGUCUGAUGCAAUUGGGUGAAAACUGUGGCCACAGUGUGAGGUCACAAAAGGGAAAUUCAGGUUCCGAAUUCGGAUUUGUUUGAAGUGAAUGAGUUGCCAGUUGACAUUUUGGGUUGAUGAGUGGAGUUGUGAAUGAUGAGCUCCAGGAUUAAAACUGGGUUAUAAGUGAAGGUAUUGGAAUUGUGCCCAGCAUUAUUCCUUUCGAGCUGUUGAUGAAAAUGAAUGUACCGAGGAAGCCCACAUUUAACACGUACUGCUGUGUAUGUGGUUUACAAUUCACCAAACCAAUGUAUAUUGUUUUCAUAAUACUUGAAAAUUUGCUACUGUGCUUAUAUAUAAGACUUGUUUUGCUAUAUUAUCUAUUAGCAAAUAUUUUAUCUAACCCCUAGCUUGUAAAUAAGUUCUGUAAAUGAGUAUUUAUUGCUUUAUAGAUAUAAGGAAUGCUAAACAAACAAAAAAAAAAAAGAGUAUAUAUAUAUAUAUAUAUAUAUAAUGUGUUCAGGUUUGUAAUGUUAAGUAUCCUUUGAAACAAAGCUUGACCAUUUUUUUUAAUGUGUUUUUUUAAUUUCUCAUUUCAUUGUCUGUGAUGUAACCCUUUUUUUGCUUUGAACUGCAACACAAAUAAAGUAUAAAAUGUAAUUUAACAAUC